UGAGGAUCAACAGCUACAACGUUUGUGGUGACUCUUGGUAAUUUUAUUUAUACAAAGAAUAAUUGUGGUAAUUUUUAAAUCAUGGAAGUGGAAGAGGAACGAAUAAAUCCGACGUGCAUAAUUGUCCUUGGAAUGGCAGGAUCAGGUAAAACGACAUUCGUGAGCAAGCUUACUAACAAGCUAUAUUCUUCGGUGGUCCCACCGUACGUUAUUAAUUUGGAUCCCGCCUGCCUCGAAGUACCUUAUCCUGCCAACGUCGACAUCAGGGAUGUCGUAAAUUAUAAAGAAGUGAUGAAACAAUACGGCCUUGGUCCUAAUGGAGCAAUCGUCACUUCGCUCAAUCUCUUUUCGACCAAGUUCAACCAGCUCCUCGCGCUCAUGAAGAAAAACGAGGGGAAACACAAGUAUUACAUAUUUGACACACCUGGGCAGAUAGAAGUUUUCACCUGGUCAGCGUCAGGAAACAUCAUAACUGAAACACUGUCAUCUACUUUUCCAACUGUUAUUGUCUAUGUCAUGGAUACAGUUCGCAGUGUAAAGCCUGUCACUUUUAUGUCUAACAUGCUUUACGCUUGCUCUAUACUUUACAAGUCACAACUCCCGUUUGUUGUCGUUAUGAAUAAAAUCGAUGUCGUUUCUCAUGAAUUUGUACUGGAAUGGAUGAGAGACUUUGAAUCUUUUGAGGAAGCCUUAGAAUCCGAAACAUCUUACGCUUCAAAUCUCACGAGAUCGAUGGCGCUUGCAUUGGAUGAUUUCUACAGGGAUUUAAAGGUUGCUGGAUUUUCUUCACUCACUGGUCAAGGAUUCGAGGAAGUGAUGAAAGCGCUGAAUGAAGCCGAAAAGGAGUUCCAACAAAUAUACAACAAUAAGAAAAAGGAAAAAGAAGACGAGCUGCAGCAAAAGAAAGAUAACGAAUCAAAGAAAGGAACCUCCAGUCAGGGUGAAGAAGUUAAUCUAAUAAGCUCAGUCUCUUCUGGUGUUCAUUUAUCCGAAAUCUUUUUGAGGCCAGACAACGAUGACAGCUCGGAUUCAGAAGGAGAAGAAUUGUCGGCAGAGGUUGCAAAUGAAAAAUUGGAGCAUGAAAGCUUUACAGAAUUUGUUUCUAGGGUAAAAAAGGCUAAAAAAGAAAAAGAAAAACCCAAGCUUCAAACCGUACACGAAUAAUUUCAUUUACAA